CACAUGCACUAAUGGCUGCGCUCAUCAGCAAGGUGGAAAAGGAGCAAUACUUUUAUAACAAACACUAACAAUCAGAUUUUAGACCGUUUUUACACAAGUUAUGAUUGAAAUAUGAUUGGCUAUAGCCUUGUAAUGUUUCAGAUAUCAGGAAAAGUUAAAUUAAGCAUUUGGAGGUUUGUUAUUUGAUUUCAAGAUCACAUGUUAUCUCGCUGGAAACGUUUUGUUUACCUUCUCAGAUGUUCUUAUUAUGUUUCAGAGGUUGAGGCUAAGCCUCAGUUGCAACAAUACAGGUCAGCAGUUCGUCCAACUUUAUAAAUUUUACCUGUCUAAUUAGAAUUUGCGGUCGUGUAGAAGGAGACGUCUUCCGCAAAAAGCUGCAGACGACGUGAAUCUGUUUAAAAAAAGCUGGAGUUUCAUCAGCAUAAAUCACUAAUUGUCGUUUUACAUGCACGCCGAAUUCAAGAACGCCCUCGAUAUGUAUCGACUGGUUCUUUAAAUGGCAGCUAGAAGGCAUUUAUUUCUGGCAAUACAGUAAAACGUGUCAAAUCAGAAGCUUUUUGAAUAAAAUCUGGCAUCAAUGUUCCUUCUGGGCUUGAGAUAAACAAAGCCAAGUUAUAUGAGGAUUUGUUUGCUCCACUGCCACAUGGUGAAUCUUACCUACAAAACCUACUAAUACAAUGGCUUACAGAAGACUUGUCAAGGAGUUUGUCUUUGGGUCGUGGAUACGUCGCCUUCCAAAACCACAAACUGUCUUCAGUGACAGAACCAGAAGAACUCUUCACACCAGUUCACCUUCGAUGGUGAAGCUGCUGUCAGUGGAGGAGCUUUUUGCCCGGAGGUCUCUGCAGGAGCAUCUGAAGAAGAUGGAGAUGGAGUACGGCGAUUGUUUAUGGGCAGUCAGCAGCAGUGGUCCAGAGGAGCAGUGCAGUGAAGACCAACUGAGGACCAAGAGGACCAAAGUGUCCCUUCUGGCUCCGCUAGUCCAGAGCAUCAGAGAGCUGGACGCCAAGCAGAAGGAGAUUGCCGAGACCGAGAUCCUCUUGAAAGAUGAAGAUCCAGCCCUGAGAGAACUAGCGGAGCUGGAGAGAGAAAACUGUGUGCAAGAUAUUCGAGAUCUUAGACAAAAGAUCCUGGAGCUGCUGAUCCCUGAGGAGGAGGCUGAUCUGAGUGACCUCGUUCUGGAGGUCACAGCUGGUGUCGGCGGUCAGGAGGCCAUGCUGUUCACUGCUGAGAUGUUUGACAUGUACCAGGGCUUCGCUCAGCACCACGGCUGGUCCUUCGACGUCCUGGAGCACAUGACCAGUGACAUCGGUGGACUUCGCCAUGCCUCGGCCAGCAUCAGCGGCUCUCAGAGCUACAAGAAGAUGAAGUUUGAGGCUGGAGUUCAUCGAGUUCAGAGGGUUCCCAAGACUGAAAAACAGGGCCGGAUGCACACCAGCACCAUGACUGUGGCUGUUCUGCCCCAACCCACUGAGAUCUCUUUCACAAUAAACCCCAAGGAUCUGAGGAUAGACACGAAGAGAGCGAGUGGAGCUGGAGGUCAACAUGUCAACACCACAGACAGCGCAGUCCGAAUAGUCCAUCUCCCAACAGGCGUGGUUGCAGAGUGUCAGCAGGAACGAUCCCAGCUGAAGAACAGGGAGAAAGCUAUGAAGGCUCUGAGAGCAAAACUGUACGGCAUGAAGCUGGAGGAGGAGACCAGCAAACGCUCCAACCAGCGGAAAAUACAGAUUGGCACCAAAGGCAGAUCUGAGAAGAUCCGAACCUACAACUUUGCUCAGGACAGAAUCACCGACCACCGGAUUGGAAUGACAGUGCAUGACAUCAAGAGCUUCCUGCUGGGAGAAGAUCUGCUGGACGAGAUGAACUCGUCACUGCAGGAGUUCUCCGAUCAGGAGACGCUGAUGGAGCUGCUGGAGGAGAGCAGCCAGGAGGUGUCAUGAGUCUGAUGGAGUGGAAACUGGUGCUGACGCUGCUUUAAAUCCUACAGAGAAAACUUUGGCAAAAAGUCCACAGUGGAUUAUAAUGGGUGACAAGCCUGGAUACGUCUGAUCAUCCAAAGUAAAAAAGCAAGCAGAAACAUCAAUAUAUGUGCAUACAUUUAAUAAAAAUGACUGAGCAUCA